AUGAUCGGGAUCAAAUAUCGCGCGGACCAAAUAUGCUACGCGGUGUUGUGCGUCUUCUCGUACUUCGCGGCGGGGCAGGAGCAGAAGAAGGCCAUCCUGGAGCAGGCGGCCCGCGUGCCCCCCGCGCCGCACCUCGCGCCGCCCCGCGCCUCUCACGCCUCGCACUCCGACUCCGAGCUGUCGCCCAAGAGGACCAGUCCUCAGAAGAAGGCCAUCCUGGAGCAGACGGCCCGCGUGCCCCCCGCGCCGCACCUCUCGCCGCCCCGCGCCUCCCACGCCUCGCACUCCGACUCCGAGCUGUCGCCCAAGCGGACCAGUCCUCAGCUGUCGCCCAAGCGGACCAGUCCUCAGGUCGGUCUUAGAAAAGAUACUAAAGUGUAUGCUACGAGGUGUUUUGUCUUCUUAUACUUUGUGUCGGGGCCGGAGCAGAAGAAAGCUAGGCAGGCGAGUGAGAGUACCUCCCGCGCCUCCCACGCCUCGCACUCCGACUCCGAGCUGUCGCCCAAGCGGACCAGUCCUCAGGUGGAGAGAAAAUCACCCGUCAACCGUGCGGGUGAGGCUCGGGCGUCGUUCGCCAAGGGCGAGGUCCCAACGGCGGUGGAGCCGCGAGAGCCGCCCGACCGCACCGGCCCCGACCGGCCGCGGGACGAGCCCAGGCCGGUCGACGCGCCGCGGGACGUCCCGGACAGGCUGCGGGACGCCCCGGACAGGCUGCGGGACGCCCCGGACGGGCUGCGGGACGUCCCGGACAGGCAGCCGCGGGACGCCCCGGAUAGACAACCGCGCAGCUUGCCGGCCCAGCCGGACAGGCCGCGGGAGGCGCCUGGGAGGGAGACGGAAGCUGAGGCUGUGGAGGUAAAAUAG